UACAGUUUGCGAUAUAUUAGGUUUAUUUAAAUGUAUGGUUCAAUUAAACAGAUGAUGGGAAUGGCAACCUACGGCCGUACAUUUACCUUGAUAAAUGCUGCUCAACAUGGCAUCGGUGCGCCGGCAGAUAUCGGCUGGAAAGGCGGUAAAGAGGGGCCAUAUACUGGAAUCGCGGGAAUGUUAGGUUACAAUGAGAUUUGCGAGUUUUUGAGCGCCGGGUGGACAGCCUAUAGGGAUGACACUCAGAAAGUAGUGUACGCCGUGAGUGAUAAACAAUGGGUGGGCUAUGAUGACGAGAUGUCCCUUAAGGAUAAGCUGUCGUACCUGAAGGGCAAAGGACUGGGAGGUGCUAUCGUGUGGUCCAUCGAUACGGACGACUUUCAUGGCUAUUGCGGCGGACGUAAGCACCCAUUGAUUAAGACUAUUAGCCAAGAGCUCAAUGAGACAAAUGGGACACCAUAUAACGUGGUGUGCUAUUGGGGCUCAUGGUCGUGGUAUAGAGAUGGUGGUGGAGGCAAAGGAAAGUUCGCACCCGAGAUGUCUAACCCCCUGUUGUGUACACACAUGAUGUACGGGUUCGCCAAACUCGGCGCCGGCGGUGAGAUAGAGGUCAUGGAAAAUGAUCUGGAUUUAGGCGACACUGACUACAAAAGUGGUCUACCCUGGGGAGAGGGUAUGUACCGGCGUAUUGAGCACUUGCGUGAUGUCAACCAUAAUAUGAAAGCCAUGAUAUCAAUCGGGGGUUGGAAUGAGGGGUCAGACAAGUACUCGCAAAUGGCCAGUAGUCCGGACUCACGGAAAAAGUUUGUUAACUCUGUCGUUAAGUUUAUACAAACCUAUAAAUUUGAUGGACUCGAUGUGGACUGGGAGUACCCGGGCUUUAAAGCUGUUGGUGAGGCCGACCGCGUACCCGGUAAUCCGAAAGAUAAGGAAAACUAUAUAUCGCUGUUACGUGAGCUCCGGGCUGCCCUUAAACCACACAACUAUUUACUGUCAGCGGCUGUAAGUGCGGGCAAAAAGACGAUUGACAUCUCGUAUGACGUGAAACAGUUGAAUGAGUUGUUGGACUUCAUUAACGUAAUGGCUUAUGAUUUUCAUGGCGGCGCCUGGGAGAAUAAGACAGGACAUAACGCUCCCCUAUAUCCCGACCCUAAAGCUUCGGAGGAGGACAAGGAGUUGACGGUGUCCUAUGGCGUGGAGUAUUGGAUUAAACAGGGGGCUAACCCUAAGAAAUUGAUGAUGGGAAUGGGAACAUAUGGCCGAUCAUUCACCCUGGCCAAUGCUGCCCAACAUGGUAUAGGUGCUGCCUGUGCCAGUGGCAGCAAAGGUGGUAAUGCCGGCCCCUAUACCAACGAAGUCGGUAUAUUAGGAUACAAUGAGGUAUACCCGCAGUGUUUGUAUAACUGUUUAAUGAAUUAUAAAUAA